AUGGGCAACUACAAAUCAGCACUCCUGCUUUCUAUCCUCGCUGCGUCCACCGUCCAAGCUAGCUUUUGGACACCACCCAAGGGCCACAGCCCCCCGGACUGCGAGACGACCACCACAUUUGCUACUCUGACCGUCACAAGCUCAGAGAUCGCUGGCCCUACUGCCGGACCCACUGGCGGGCCCAUUCCCCCUAUCCCGGAGCACUCCAGUGCAAUCGAGGAGUCUAUCUACCCGCAGCCCUCAGUUGUUGAUCCCCCCAGCCCUUGUGCUUCGGAUCAGACAGGCAAGCCCAGAAAGCCCGAGAAGCCGCACAAGCCGGGGAAGAUUUGGGACGGCAACAAGCCCUGGGAUGGCAACAAGCCGUGGAGGGGCGACAAGCCCUGGAAGCACCACAACAGGCCAGGAAACAAUUGGCAGGUGGCGACUUCAUCCUUAUCCUGGAGUGAUGAUCUCCCCAUGAUGCGCCGCAACCCAUGCCAGUCGCAGGGCUGGCCCCCUGAAAACUGUGCCUACAAGCCUUUCCGUCACAGUCUUGCGCUAAUUGAGUACGGUCGACUUCCUCCGGGUGUUAAAAUCUCCGGGGAGGCGGCCAUUGGGCGAUCAUCAUAUGCGCAGUCGUAA